AUGUCACUGCCACCUUUAUCUUCUCCAGUUCCCCAAGUCAAGACAACUCAAAAUGGUAAAUCUCCCGAUGCAACCGUUCAUCUUCUAGCAGGAGCAAUAGCCGGAUUAGUAUCUGCUGUCACAUUACAACCAUUUGAUUUAUUGAAAACCAGAUUACAACAACAACAAUUAACUACUAAACAAGAAGUUCGAACUACUCUCACCAAAGAAUUGAAAAAAUUAACUCGAGUGAAAGAUUUAUGGCGUGGUACAUUACCUUCAACAUUAAGAACUUCAAUUGGAGCUGGAUUAUAUUUCACAACAUUAUCAAAAAUGAGAACAAGUUGGGGUGAAUAUAAACAAUCUAAAGAUUCAUCAAUAAAUUUGAAAUCAAAUUCAUCAAUUUUACCUAAACUUACCGCAAUGGAAAAUUUAACAACGGGGUUUAUAGCUCGAGGUAUUGUUGGAUAUAUCACUAUGCCGAUAACUAUUAUUAAAACUAGAUUUGAAUCUAAUUUAUAUAAUUAUAAUUCCAUGUAUGAAGGUAUUCUGGGGAUUUAUUUAGAUGAUAAAAAACAACAACAACAAAUAAGAAACCCCUCGAUAAAUAAAGGAGUAGGGGGAGGAGGUUCAUGGAAGAAUUUUUUUAAAGGAUCAGUAGCUACUUUGGCUCGUGAUUGUCCUUAUGCUGGAUUAUAUGUAUUAACUUAUGAAGCCUUUAAAAAUGAUUUAAUUCCAUUAAUAAUUCCAAAUUCAUCUUUAUCUUUAUCUUCAUCCUCAUCUUUAUCUUCAUCCUCAUCUUUGUUUGUUUUCAAUGAUAAUAAUAGAUCAAGUAUUAUAAAUUCUACAGCAGCAGUAUUGGCCGCAAGUACUUGUACAACAAUAACAGCCCCAUUUGAUGCCAUAAAGACUCGAUUACAAUUGACUAAUGAAGAAGGAGGAUCGAUGACAACUGUAUUAAAAAAAAUGUUACGUGAAGAUGGAGGUAUUAAGAAUUUGUUUAGAGGAUUACUGUUAAGAUUAGGCAGGAAAGGUAUUAGUGCUGGUAUAAGUUGGUGUAUAUAUGAAGAAUUGAUUAAAAGUAAUUAUUUCCAAUCGAAAUUUCUUUAA